AUGGCGGCAGCAAAUAUAACGGAAAGUGGAACACAAACGAAAACAUUUGAAAGAUCGGACUGCUCCCCCUUUUGGGUAGGUGAAUUAAAACAACAGUCCAUUUCAUUCACAGCAGUCAACAUUUUCCUCUCCAUCACAGCAUUUCUUGGGAAUUCUCUCAUCCUUGUUGCCCUUCGUAAGGAAUCUUCCCUACAUCCGCCAUCUAAACUCUUGUAUCGUUGUCUGGCCAUAACCGAUCUGUUAGUUGGUCUGGUUACUCAGCCUCUUUAUGCCACUUAUUGGAUGGCUGUGGUUCAUGAACACUGGAGUAUUUGUCAAUACUCAUUUAAAGCCACCGGCGUGACAGGUUUUGCGUUAUGUUCAGUUUCUCUGUCGACAAUCACGGCCAUAAGCGUGGACAGACUUCUCGCCAUGCUGUUGGGACUCAGAUACAAAGAGACUGUGACUUUGAGGCGAACGUAUGUCAUUUUAGCUAUCAUUUGGGUUUUAUCUCUAGUCGCUGGUUCACUUUAUCAUUUCAAUCACUCUUUACUCCUUUGGUGCGGCUUUAUAUUUGCACCAUCUUGCCUGGUUAUCUCAAUCGCCUCGUACACAAAGAUUUUCCGCGCUCUCAGUCGUCAUCAGGCUCAAGUGCAAGAUCAUGCUCAACAACAGCCGAGCCAAACAAAUGCACUGAAUAUGGCGCGAAACAGAAAGGCUGUGUACAGUGCACUGUGGGUGCUGUUGGCAUUAGUUUUCUGUUAUGUACCAAAUGUCACAGUGGAUAUUUUACUCACUUUUAGAAAAAAUGGAUCUCCGAAUUUCAUUAUAGUCAAGGGAAUGGCAGUUGUCAUAGCUUUCUUUAACUCCACAUUAAACCCGUUCCUUUACUGCUGGAGGAAUAACGAGGUGAGCAAAGCAGUAAAGCAGACAAUCAGGCAAGCAGUCUUCUUCGCAUAG